GUUCGUUCGACUCGCCCAAAGCGACUCGAUCCCUUUCAUCUUCAGGAUUCAUUACAUCAUCACCAUCUGGAAGCCGCUCGACUGACGAGGGAGUGCGCACCAAAGGCGACUUAGAUACAACAACGAAGAAAUAGCAUCAAAUUUCGGAAAAAAAAUGACUCGAAGAGAAGAGAGCACGGACACAGGGUCCACAGACUUGGAUAUAUUGCGGGUGCCAGGGCAACAGACUGCAGAGCCAAAAAAGAGGGUAGCUUAUUUUUAUGAUCAGAAUAUCGGUAACUACCACUAUGGACCAGGACAUCCCAUGAAGCCGCAUCGCAUCCGCAUGUGCCAUAGUCUUGUUAUGAACUAUGGUCUCUAUAACAAGAUGGAGAUUUAUCGAGCUCGUCCUGGAAGUAAAAAGGAAAUGACUGCAUUUCAUACGGAUGAAUAUAUUGAUUUUUUGUCACGGGUUACCCCAGACAAUAUGGAUGCCUAUGCGAAAGAACAAAUGAAAUUUAAUGUGGGUGAUGACUGUCCGAUUUUCGAAGGAUUGUUUGAAUACUGUCAGCUUUCCUCUGGAGGAUCUAUGGAGGGCGCUGCUAGACUCAACAAUGGCUCGUGUGAUAUUGCAAUCAAUUGGGCUGGAGGGCUUCACCACGCCAAAAAGACAGAAGCUAGUGGCUUCUGUUAUGUAAAUGACAUUGUUCUAGCCAUUCUGGAACUGUUGAGAUACCACCCUCGUGUUCUUUACAUUGACAUUGAUAUCCAUCAUGGUGAUGGCGUCGAGGAGGCAUUCUACACAACUGACCGAGUAAUGACCGUUAGCUUUCAUAAACAUGGAGAAUACUUCCCAGGCACAGGAGAAGUCAGGGAUGUUGGUGCAGGGCCCGGAAAGUACUAUGCAAUCAAUUUUCCAUUAAGGGAUGGCAUCGAUGACACAACAUAUAAGAGCAUUUUUGAGCCCGUAAUUCAGCAUGUGGUAGACUGGUACAAACCCGGAGCUAUUGUACUGCAAUGUGGAGCCGAUUCUUUGAGUGGCGACAAACUAGGAUGUUUCAAUUUGUCAAUGAAGGGACAUGCUAACUGUGUUGCUUUCGUAAAAAAGCUCAACUUACCAUUGUUAAUGCUUGGGGGCGGUGGGUACACAAUGCGCAAUGUGGCAAGGGCAUGGUGUUAUGAAACAGGUGUGGCUGUGGGGCAAGAAGUUGGUCCCGAUAUGCCAUUCAACGACUAUUAUGAAUACUUUGGGCCUGAUUACAAGCUGGACGUAAAGCCUAGUAACAUGGACAACGCCAAUACACUCGAGUACUUGGAGAAGAUCAAACAGCAGGUCUUUGAAAAUCUGCACCGAUCAAAAGGUGCUCCUUCAGUUCAGAUGCAGCCUGUACCAAGAGACUUAGACUUAUCGGAUGAUGAGGAUUUGGACGACCCUGACAAGAGAAUUCCACAGAGAUUGUGGGACAAGAGAGUUGUACCCGAGAAUGAAUUUGAAGACUCUGAGGAUGAGGAAAACAACAGUCUAAACGGUGUACGAUAUGCAAAAUCAGUCAGAAGUGGACGUGUUUCAAAAUCGGAUGCUUCUGCUGCAGUAGGAGUGUCAAAAGACCGUAGUCGAGGCACCGUUAACUCUCUACCCGCUGCAGCUACAAAACUAAAGUCAAGCCAAUAUGACGACAGUAUGGAUGAUAAAGAUAAAGUACUCAAUGAAAAAUCAAGAGAUGGUCAACAAAAUGGAACAUUGAAAUCAACAUCUGUCGAAAGAGAUGGAGAUAUUAUAAUGGAUUCAGAUGAUGUUGCUGCUAAUGCUGCUACGACCAGUGCAACGCCCUCUUCUUCAACUAUCAAAGCCCCAGCAUCCACAACAACAACCUUGAAUGACACUGAGAUGGCCGAAGCAUCAUGAGCGAGCAUUGCAUCGAUGUUUCUAUAGACCUAGCUUAAAGACAUUGCAGCUCCC